AAAGGGAGGAGGAAGAAAGAGGUGGGAGAAGCCCUGCGGACAGUGCUGUUGCUGCAGAAAACGAAAUUAAUAAAACCCUUCCUUCCCCGACUGCGCCGCAAACCCCCGACUGCACCACCGCCAACCAAGGACCUCUCCAGCCCGCCGAGGUCUCCGUAUCCUCACACAGCUCGCGGCCCCUCUCUGUCCCUGUCGGCAUCAAUGGCGAAGAAGAGAAGCAGGCUGCAGAAUCCCGAACCAUUCCACCCGGAGGAGAAUGCCUCCGUCGCUUCCUCGAAGAAGCGUUCCAAAGCUCCCAGGAGCCACCAGCAACAAGAGAAGACGAUAGCUUCCGGGAUAAGCUCGAAGAUUCUCAAAGAGGCUCUGAUUCAGCAGAGGGAGAUUGAAGAGGAAGCUCAGGAAAGAAAUCCUACCAGAGAGGCGUUUGCUGACAUAGCCAAGCACGGCGGAGGAGAAGUGGAAGACGAAGAUGGCGAUAUUGAUGAUUUCGCGGGGUUUUCUGAGACUCAAAGUCGCUAUGAUGAUUUUGAGGGGGAGAUUGAUGAGGAAGAUGAGAGAAUAUUGGAGGCUUUCUUAUCAAAGGGUCCUAGUAAGGAGCCUACACUUACAGAUAUCAUUGUUAAGAAGAUCAAGGAGAACGAUGCACAAGUUUCUUCAGGUUCAUUGCUAUGUUUGAUUGCAGAAUCGCGGCCUUUACCCAAAAUGGACAGCUCGGUGAUAGAUUUGUACAAAGGGGUUGGUGAGUUCAUGAGUAAAUACACAGCUGGCAAAGUUCCUAAAGCAUUCAGAAAGAUCACUGCAAUGCAACACUGGGAAGAUGUCUUGUACCUUACUGAACCUGAGAAAUGGUCCCCAAAUGGGAUGUAUCAAGCUACAAGGAUCUUGGCGUCGAACUUGGGUUCGAAGAAGGCUGAGCGGUUUUAUAGACUAGUUUUGCUUCCUCGAGUUAGGGAUGACAUUAAGAAGAAUAAGAGAUUGCAUUUUGCUCUUUAUCAGGCGUUGAAAAAGGCUAUUUUCAAACCUGCGGCAUUUAACAAGGGAAUAUUGUUUCCAUUGUGCAAGUCAGGAACAUGCAAUCUUAGAGAAGCAGUCAUUGUUGGAAGUGUUAUUCAAAAGGUCACCAUUCCUAUGCUUCAUUCCAGUGUUGCCUUGCUGAAGCUUGCAGAAAUGGAGUACUGCGGCACAACAAGUUAUUUCAUCAAGCUUCUUUUGGAAAAGAAAUACGCGCUGCCGUAUCGUGUUAUUGAUGCACUUGUUGCUCAUUACAUGAGAUUUAUGGAGGAUUCAAGGAUCAUGCCUGUAAUUUGGCACCAAUCACUACUGGCAUUUGUUCAAAGGUACAAGAAUGAACUCCAAAAGGAAGAUAAAGUGAACCUUAGAACCUUAGUCGGAAGACAAAGGCACUAUCUGGUGACUCCUGAAAUUGUUAGAGAACUAGACAACAGCAGGAAUCGUGGUGAAAAGGAGGAUGAUCUUAUGGCAAUAAAUAUCCUUUGACUGUGAACUAGUUUGAAAGUUUCGCUACUUGUUAACUGCUGACCUCUCUGGCGUGUAAAGUCUUAUUUCAUUCUGUGAAUUCCUUGACUUAACAUUACCAUCUGUUUCUGUAAUCAACAAGACAAUCGAGGAAGACAGGUUUGAUAUACCAGAAGUUCCUAUGGAGGAGGACUAAGGGCUUUCUACUACUUCGUGGAAGUAAGGUGCCGGCUGGCUACCACCGAUGAAUAGUUCUCUGGAGAAGACUAAAUUUUGAUUCUUGAGCUCAGUUAUUAAUUAGAUUUAGGCGGGUUGGGUGAGAAACAAGAACACCUUGUAUCUUGUGUGAUUUUUACAGCUUUUUAUCGUGGGAGGGAUGUCUAUCUCAUGCGAGGGAAUCACUAUUGGCCAACUAGUUUGAAAUAUAUAUGGUUUGUAAGGAAGUGGUUAAGUAUUAUACAUAAGUUUUUUCUAACAAUUCGAGUUAUUGGGAUCAGUUCGUUUAUGAUAUGGUAUUAAUAUAGAGCUGAUUUGUCCAUGAGGUCAUGUGUUUAAGUCCUCACGAUUCUUAGUAUUAAUCGUUGUCUUUAAG